AUGACAUCUUCCACAAAUGUUUCUAUUGAGUUGACUAACGAGGAGGCUCUAAUGAUGCAACCUGAUGUUUCUAAAUUUUUGCAAAACUUAGAUUUCUCAAGUAAUGGUGCAAUCUCUCAAAAUGAUGGCCAUGGCCAUGGCGAAGACCAACUGGUAAUUGGACAAACUGCAACUCCGGUGGAUGAUUCUGAAUUACACUUUGAUGUUGAUAAAGGUGAUGUUAUAUUUGAUUAUGGUACGCAAGAAAUUACAGGUACACCCGACAAGAUUGGUGAGCACAUAUCACAAAUCUUAGAAUCUGUGUUACCAAACGGAUUACAGAAAGAAGCCCAGGGAAGAUUACAAGCGGUUGUCAAUCAAAAUCACACUAAUAAUGACCAAUCUGCGCAACCUACGAAAAGUGAAUCCUUGUUAGAGCUUCAAGAUGCCAUGGGUAAUUUACAAAGGAUACAGAAAGUAAAGCAAUUGAGACAACAGAUACCAGAGUCAAAAACUAAUGAAAGGGAAAUUUGCGAGACUGCAGGGACAUUUAAAGACUAUGGUGACCCACCUAGCCGACCUCCGAACUUUUCAGUGUUAAUAAGUGAAAAGAGGCCAGUAUGUUUAUUUUGUGAAUACUGUAUGGUAUUCGGUGAACCACCACGUAAUAUGAUAAAGUGGUACAAUAGGGUAAAUCGUUACGACAAUCUGCCGAGAGAAGGAGAACGAAAGAACAAGCAUUCACGGAAAAGAAAUCGUUAG